UCCUUAUAUAUAAGACCAACAACUGUUAAUAAUAAUCAGUUCAUCACCUUUCUGCUAACCAUAUCUACACUAAUUUAAACAUUCAUUCAAGAACAAAAUGAAAAUCAGUGUAUAUUUGAGUUUACUCCUCUUGACUUUAGUAAUCAAAAUUGUAAUAACUAAUGCUAACCUACAACUACCACCACAACAGUAUUGUGGUUCUAGUUUGGCAAACAUAAUGCAAAUUGUAUGUAAAAACAAGUACAAUGGACCAUCACAUGGGCGAAAACGAAAUGAAAUUGAUUCAGAUGUAUGGGAUUCCAAAGCUCUAGAAGACUAUAAUGAUAUUGACUACCCAUACCAAACAAGUCAAGAAGGAAUGUUAUUUAUGCCCACACGUAUGGUACGCUCUACUAAAAGAACUAUCAUCGAUGAAUGCUGUCGCAGACCCUGUUUAUUAUCUGAACUAAAAGGUUAUUGUGCUAAUUAAGAUUAAAUAGAUUAGAAUGUUUUUAGAAGCUAAAUAAAGUCUUAACUAUGAUUAUA